CCUAGGUCCUGGGCUUGCAGCAUGCUUAGAGAAGUUUCUGCUCACAUGUACACAGGAAACUAAUACUGUUACUGCACGAUCAGAAUUCUUCAGAAAUGUCUGUAGAUGCAAAGCUUGACACAUUUUUGAAAGAUGUGGAUGAACUAGCUGAAAUUCUACAAGGCUUAACCUCCGGAGAUCCAUCUUCUCAGGAGUUUGCCAUCUCAAGAGCAGAUCAAAAACUUGGUUUGUUAAAGACGACUGAAGAUGAAGAUGGAACUAGGACCAAAACUAAUAGGACACUUAUUAAUAGGUCUCCAAGUAGCUCACUUAAUGAACCAAAAUUUGAAAUGAGUCAAGAAGUUUUCCUUACCCAUUUGGAGAAGGACGCAAGGGAACGUGCUGAAAAACGAAGGGAGAACAAAGCACUUGCAAACGCUCUAAAAGAAAUGGGAAAUGAAGCAUAUGCAAAAGGUGAUUAUGAAACUGCAAUUCAGCGGUACAGUGAAGGUCUAGAGAAGCUGAGAGACAUGACGGUCUUAUAUACUAACAGAGCCCAGGCUUUUAUAAAACUGCAAAAGUACCAUAAUGCUAUAACAGACUGUGAGUGGGCAUUGAAGUGUGAUGGAAAAUGCCUAAAGGCCCAUGUUCAUAUGGCAAAAGCCUUUCUUGGACUUAAAAAAUUUGAGGAGGCAAGAACUUGGUAUCAGAAGAUCGUGGAUUUAGACUCCAGCAAAAUGAAACUUGUGAAAGAGUAUUUGAAUGAGGUGGACAUCCAGGAAAGGAAAGACAAGCAAGAGCAGACGGCCUUACAAGAUCUAGAAGCUGGGGCCGAAAAUGCUAAAUCUGUAAUAAAGCUACUCCAAAAACUCUCUAAAGAAGAUGAGAUUCCACUCUAUUACUCGGGAGGAAUACAGCUUCUGGCUGAUGUUGUAAAGGACUGUACAGCACAAACUCUAUUUAGAACUAAUAAUGGGUUCAGUAUCAUUGGAGAAAAUAGAAUUAUUAAUAGGAGCCUUACCACCAGACAAGUUGACCCCAUAGAUUCAGAUCUAAGUAUUUCAGUCCUCACAUUAUGGCAAGCAGUCUGCAAUGGAAAUGAAGAGAACCAGCACUUUUUUAUCACCCAAGGAAGUGUAAGCAAUCAGAUCCUAACACUGCUGUCUUCAGAGGUCCCUGGUGUUCAAAGAAUGACACUGGCCCUUCUAAAGAUUUACUCCUCAACAGCUGAUGGAAGACUCCUUCUGGUCAAACACUUAGACCCAUCCAAGUUGUUGAAAUGUCUUCUGGAAUAUGUGACACUAAUGGAUGGAAGAGCAGGUGAAGCCAUGGACAUACUGUACAGCCUGACACAGGAGCAGAGGUUGAAUCCGUAUUUCAGGACCUCUUCAUUAGAAUUACUUUCCUCGUUUACCUCACUUCUGAGAAGACUGAGUACUCUAAAUACAGAAGUGUUUCCACGCUGCGUUGGUGCCAUAGGGAGCCUAACUGAGGAUAUUGUUAUAAGAAGUAAUUUUGCUAGUUCACUGAUAUUCUGGGACUCAUGUUUAAUGACAGUGGAUGAGUGCAGCUCAGCUGGUGGAGAGCAACACAAGGAAAUUUUAAUUGCAAUUCUUGGUCUCAUGUUUAACUUGUCCUUGGAAGUGAAUGCUGCAAUAAAGGAGCGAGGCAUUGUUAUAAGCACACAAUGUUUAUCUCUACUUUGCUGUAAAGAUGGGAUGAUUCUAACUAGAUCAGUGGGCAUUCUUAGCAGGAUUCUCCCGCAAUGCACUGCAGCAGUGGGCCUUUCAGUACAGCAAGGAAUUGUAAAAAAACUCCUCAACAUACUGAAGGCAGGUGGGCAGAAGACAUCGAUGUAUGCUGUCAAGGGGCUUGCUGUGUGCACCAAAGAGGACAUCCAGGCAUGUAAAGAUGUCAUCAAGUACGAUAAAAGAUUCAGCACUUUGGUAAACCUACUGCGAUCCGAAGAUGAGAUCAUUGUUGGGAAUACAGCUCUUUGCUUGGGUUGUUGCUUUGAUGUACCAGGGUCGGCUUCCUCUCUCCUCCAGUCUGAUAUCCUGAAACUUCUACUGACCCAUGCUGGUGGUGAUGCCAGGAGGUCCUCAGUGCAGCAGAAUGCAGCCAUAGCACUGGGUAAACUGUGCUCUGCGGAACCAAGGUACCUGACACAACUUCGGGAACUUCAUGGAAUUGAAAUUCUCAACUCUUGUAUGAAAUACAUCAAAUGAUUGAACUCCUGUCCCAGAUACCAUGAUAGUGUUAGUAGAUAGAUAGAUAGACUCUCCUACAGUAAGUAUAAAAGAAAAAAGCUGAAUAGAAAAUAGGCGAACAUUGUCUAGUAAUAAAUGCUGGUUUUCCAUAUUUCUUGUUUUAUUUUCAGUUAGCAUAACUUGUGGAAACAUUUUUCUAAAGAGACAUUAUGUGUAAUUGUAUUUAUUGUAAUAUGGGGAAAUAUAUUUAUAAAAGCCCUACAAAAGCAUACGUACCAAUAAAGGAUAAUUUUAUUACGUUACUUUUAUUUUAUUUUUAUUUAUUUUUAUGACUCUAGGCUUAAAGUGUACAUUGUAACUACAGCAUACAAGUGUGAUUAGGUCAGCAGUAUAAAGUAUACCUGCUGUUCCAUUUAUUUACCAGUGGCAUGCUUUUAGUGCAGCUGUAUAAUCCACAGUACAAAGUAGGGUUUAUAUUUCAUUUUUUGGCCUCAAGCAUACUGGACAUUUUUCUAUCUCUCCUAGAUGUUUCAGUUUCUUUCAGUUCUCUAAAUCUCCAGAAGAUUACAGUGGUCGGAGUGGUGUUGGGUGGGGGGCAUUUGUAGGAAGAGGAAGAUUUCAAAAAAGCAAAAGCUAGGGACACAUCAAAUUAAUAGUAAGUAAUUUCCCUUGUGCUGAUUUUUUUUUUUAAUGUGUUAAGAGUUCAGAGUCCAGCCAUUUAUGUAUAUGCAACUUCUAAAGCAAUGAUGAAAGGGGCUGUUCUUAACCUAAUAAAAUGUAUAGACUGUUGUAUUCUAUGUUAUCUUUAUUAUGUAUCAAAAGACAAUAAAUGUAUUUUCAGACUCUAAAA